AUGCAUAGAAUCGCGUCGAUUCCUGGCGACGGCAUUGGCCCUGAAGUGGUCUCGGCCACCAUCCAAGUUGUCAACAAGCUGGCCUCCAAACUGGGCUUCGAGAUCGAAUUCACCCACAUCCCAUGGGGAACCGCCUACUACAAGGAACACGGCCAGUUCAUGUCCGACGAUGCUCUGGAUGUCCUCCGCGAGUUUGACGCCAGUCUUUUCGGUGCUGUCGGUGAUCCCGACGUCCCUGAUCAUCUUUCCCUCUGGGGGCUGCUCUUGAAGAUCCGUAGCCCUCUCCAGCUAUACGCCAACGUUCGUCCUGUUCGGACAUUCCCCGGCACCAAGAGUCCUCUCAACACAGCCAAGAACGGCAUUGACUGGGUGCUCGUUCGGGAAAACUCCGAGGGCGAGUACUGCGGACAAGGUGGACGCAGCCAUAUCGGGCACCCAUGGGAAGCAGCCACCGAGGUUGCGGUCUUUACCCGUGUUGCCAUCGAGCGUAUCAUGCGCUUCGCCUUUGAAAUAGCGCGCUCACGACCACGCAAGAAGCUCACGGUGGUGACCAAGAGCAAUGCCAUGCGUCACGGUAUGGUUCUAUGGGACGAAGUGGCUGCAGAGGUAGCGAAAGACUUCCCGGAUGUCGACUGGGAUAAAAUGCUGGUUGACGCAAUGACGAUCAGAAUGGUCGCUGAGCCUGACUCGCUGGACACCAUCGUCGGGACGAACCUGCACAUGGAUAUUCUGUCGGAUCUGGCAGCUGGUUUGGCUGGUUCGAUUGGCGUUGCGCCGUCCGCGAACCUCGAUCCAACAAGGAAGAACCCUUCGUUAUUUGAACCGGUUCAUGGAAGUGCCUUUGAUAUCACGGGCAAGGGAGUUGCGAAUCCGGUGGCUACUUUUUGGUCUGCUGCGGAGAUGCUUACUUGGUUGGGCGAGAAGGUGGCUGCGGAUAAGCUGAUGGCGUGUGUUGAGCGAGUCUGCGAGGCUGGCAUCCUCACGGCGGAUCUGGGGGGAAAGGCGAAGACACAGGAUGUGGUUGAUGCUGUUUGUGCAGAGAUUGAUCGACUAUAA